AUGGUUCGAAGACUAUCACCAGCAGGAAGAAGAUUGGCCACUAUCAUGGUGUCAGGACCAUUCGUUGUCGCCACUUCUUGGAUCUUGUACAAGAGAGUUGUCCUUGGUGAAGAACGACGUGUAAGGGAUGGUCGACCAGUAAGGCCUGCUGGUGUGCAAGAACGCGACGAGCAGCAGCAGCAACAACAACUACGGCCAUAA